CAGGUAUACAUCUUUAGUGAAUGAUCUCUACAAACAGAGUCCAAGGCUCCCUAUGGAAUUCUAAAGGGGAUGGGCACACCCUGAUUCUUUUUCUGCCUAAGAGGAUUCCUCUGGGUCGUGGUUCGACCCGGUUGUCUCGUGACUUUGAGGUGGGUAUGACAUGUUUCAUAGGGAGCCCCCAAAGACUCCUGGUGAAGAAGACACAUGCAUUAAGACUAACCCGGUUGAAGACAACAUGCGGGGCGGCCACUGAGCUUGAAGUACUCCAGUACUCGCGGGGCGGCCAGAGAUGUGGGUGCGGUUUUUCCAACACCGGGCGGAUGCCCAUGAGGAUUCCCGUGCAGCAGAUUAGCGGGCAGGAGACCAUCAUCGAGGUAGAGCCAGAUGAGACCAUCAAGUCAUUGAAGCAGCAGCUGGCAGCGUUGCAGUCUUCUUCUCUGGACGAACUCACGGGCCGGAUGACCAAGGUGGACCUGGUGGUCAAUGGCACAAAGUUGAAGAACAUGGAUGAUGAAACACUAACUGCGGCAGGAAUCUCGGACGAAGCAGAAGUGCAAGUCCUUUUCGCGAUAGAUUCUGUUGAGUGCUCUUGCAAAGAAUGCUCUGGUCGGGAUGCCCAGGACCUGCUAGCCGUAAGCAUCCCAGCGACUGCCGCAGUGAUUCAGUUCGAUGCCUUCAGGGGCUGUAGCUCAUUGAUCUCUGUGACAAUUCCCAGCUCUGUGACAAAUAUCGGGGCUGGUGCCUUUCAAUCCUGCAGCUCCUUGACAAGCCUGACUAUCCCUGACUCAGUGACUUACAUUGGAGCCAGUGCCUUCCAAGACUGUACCUCAUUAACCAGCAUAAGAAUUCCGGAGUCUGUAAAUCUGGUGGAUGCUGGUGCCUUCAAAGGAUGCAGCUCCUUGACAAGUGUGACCCUGAGUGCUGGAACGGGACUUGGCUGGAGCGCCUUCGCAGACUGCCCUCUUUUGACCGUUCACUCCGGGGAUGAGACUUUUCGACCGGCCGAACUUCAGAGACUUGAGCCCCAGCUCGCAGAGAUUCGAGGCGACGCCGUGGAACCACCAGGUCUCAAUCCCAUCGGACAUCAUUGAGACCUGGUGGAGAGUGGGCUGAGAGUAGAGCUGGGACCCGAAAUCAUCCGAACUCCCGCGCGGGCUGAUGUGGCCACGGUGGCCCAUGGGCUAUGUUGUGACGUGGCUCAUCUCCUGUAGCUUUGUAUCUUGUGCUUCCAGCAGUUGAUCCGCUGCAAAAAGACCAUUGG